UUGGGGGCAAUAAUGAAAAAAAUGUUGAGAAACACUGGUCCAGAGUUUCUCACAGUCCAUCCAAUGCUCCCUCAAAAUAUUUAUGGAAUAUCUACUUUGAGGAAAGAAUAAUGAGAGGCACAGGGGAUAUAAUGGUGCAUAAGACAAGCAUGGGAUCUUCUAUGUUACUAGGGGAGAAAGAGACAAAAACAAGUAAGUAAGAAAUUAGAGAAAAUAAUGACAAAUUUUGGUAAAUGUGAAAAAAAGCACAUAGGGGCCAGAAACAGAAAAUAAUGAAGUGGGGACUUCUGAAUGCAAGACUAGGCAAGGCCACUCUGCAAGGCUCUCGUUUGAAAAUAGGGGUUCUUGUAUGCUUGUACAGAUCUGGCUGGGGCUAUGGGACAGCCCCUUUAACUUAUCUGCAAAUUUCUAUUAUUUUUCUGUUCAGCAGCUUCAUGCAAACUUAUGCUUAAGGUCAAAAAGGCUAUUGUGUCUGCUUUGACACCUGGACUUUGUGUGGUUCAAACCAUAUAACAGUUGCAAGUCACCAUGUUUGUGAGGUGUGUCUAUAUUAGGAGCUUUAUGAGGAACUUAAGGCUGUAUGAAUUUAGUUCAUCAAAGGUUUGCCCAUUUGGAAAAUGAAGAAAAAGUUAUUUGAAUGCUAGCAAAUCCACAGCUUGGCAUUUUCAGAGAACUCAGGGACAAUGUUGGAGACGUUUUUCCUGAGAACCCCGUCCUGUGGGAAGGUGACUCCUUUAAAAAAUCAUCUGAGAUUCACCGCUGCCAGGAUUGAAAUACGAACAGCUUUUCAGAAGACAGUCACAUUUUCAGAACUCAAGGCAGGAUAUGGUAUUAAGUUCUGCUGCUUCCGCUUUUCUAAUUCUUUCUGACCUCAUCUGAGCAGCAACCACCAGUCUUCCUCCUUGGAUAGAAGAUAAGCCUGACGUUUGGUGAGACAGACAGGCAGGUCUCCAUGCGUCUGUGUCUGCUGCUGUUGCUGAUCCUGGCUCCCGGAGGUGAACAAUCUGGAGAAGCUCCAAAAGCAAUGGUUCUCCUUCAACCUACAUGGUUCCCAGUCUUCAAAGGACAGACAGUGACUCUCACAUGUAAGGGAUCCCACUCCCCAGCUUUGGGAGACACAUCUUGGUAUCAUGAGAAGAAAUUGUUGAAAGAAGACUCUGAAGAGCUCCAAGUAGAAAAAUCUGGAAAGUACAAAUGCAAGACCAAAGGAUCCUCUCUCAGUGACCCCAUGGAUGUGGUCUUUGUAUCUGGCUGGCUAAUCCUCCAGGCUUCAUACCCUGUCUUUGAAGGAGACAAUGUAGAUCUGAGAUGCCAGGGGAAAGAAGACAAUGAAAUUAUUGACAGGAUUUACUACAAGGAUAAAAAAAAACUUGAUGAGUAUGAGAACAAAAAGUGUUUCACACUAUUUUCAGUCUCUAGGGACAAUGGCGAAUAUUAUUGUAUUGCUUCUGGGGAAAACGCAUGGACCCUAUACGAAUGGACAGAACAUUCAAAUCAUCUAAGAAUUCAAGUUCAAGAGCUGUUUUCGCCUCCUAAGCUGACAGCCAGACCCUCCAAGCCCAUAGAGGGGAGACCAGUGGCCCUGAAAUGUGAGACCUGGCUCCCUCCACAGAGGUCACACAUUCAACUUCAAUUCUGCUUCUUCAGAGGAAGCCAGGCCCUGGGAGCAGGCUGGAGCAGGUCCCCAGCGCUCCAGAUCCCCACCAUGUGGACCGAAGACUCAGGAUCUUACUGGUGUGAGGCACAGACAAUAAGUUCCACGAUCAGAAAGCGGAGCCUCCCAUCUCAGAUUUAUGUGCAGAGAAUCCCUGUGUCUGAUGUGAAUUUAGAGGUCCGAGCCCCUGGGGGGCAGGUGAUCGAAGGAGAAGAUCUAGUCCUUGUCUGCUCUGUAGCCAAGGGUACAGGCACUAUCACAUUCUCCUGGCACAGAGAAGGCAGAGUAAGUCUGGGAAGAAAGACGGAGCGUUCCUUGCGGGCAGAGCUGCCAGUCCUCGCUGUGAAGGAAAGCGAUGCUGGCAGAUACUACUGUACAGCUGACAACGUUCACGGCCCCAUCCUCAGCAAGUGGAUUGCAGUCAUCGUGAGAGUUCCAGUGUCUCGUCCUGUCCUCACCCUCUGGACUCCCAGGGCCCAGGGUGUGGUGGGGGAUGUGGUGGAGCUUCACUGUGAGGCCCAGAGAGGCUCUCCCCCGAUCCUGUACCGGUUCUAUCAUGAGGAUGUCAUCCUGGGGAACAACUCGGCCCCCUCUGGAGGAAGAGUGUCCUUCAACCUCUCUCUGACUGCAGAGCAUUCUGGAAACUACUCCUGUGAGGCCGACAAUGGCCUGAGGGCCCAGCGCAGUCACCAAGUGACACUCAAUGUCACAGUUCCAGUGUCUCACCCAGUCCUCACCAUCAGGGCUCCCAGUGCCCAGGCUGUGGUGGGGGACGUGGUAGAGCUUCACUGUGAGGUCCAGAGAGGCUCUCCCCCUAUCCUAUACUGGUUCUAUUACGAGGAUGUCAUCCUGGGGAACAGCUCAGCCCCCUCUGGAGGAGGAGCGUCCUUCAGCCUGACUGCAGAGCAUUCUGGGAACUACUACUGUGAAGCCAGCAAUGACCUGGAGACCCAGCGCAGUGAGGCAGUGGCAGUCAAUAUUAUAGUGCCUUCCAGGAACACCGCAGGAGUCGUUGGGGGGCUGCUUAGCAUCCUUGGCUUUGCUGCUGCUGCUGCUGUUCUGCUGUACUACUUUAGGACCCAAAGGAAAUCAGGAGGAAUUGUCACUGGAACACCAGGUUAUAGACCCAAUGAGUCUUCAGAGUCUUCCUUGUCCAGGCCCUCUGGAACAGGUCCCCAGGAGCUGGAGCUAGUAUACAGAAAUGAAAAUCCUGAAGAUAGCAAUCUGUUGUAUUCCCAGAUCUUGAUCAUCCAGCAAGCAAAAGGAAAUUCAGCAAAUUCAUCAAGGCUGCAUCAGGAGGAUAAGGAACCCCCAGUCAUCUAUUCAGAGUUGAAGAAGGCACGCCCAGAGGACUCCCCAGGGCAGGCCGACAGUAGAGACAGGGACCAUGAAGAUGCUACAGAAUACUAUGAGAAUGUCCCAUGCACAUCAUCGGCCUUGGACCACUAGCCCCUCACCCAGAGAGCAUGGUAGAGAUCCUAGGGAAGCAUCCUGUGCCAUUCUUCCUGUUCUUUCCAACCAGGAACUUCUUUCCCUCUCAGACUCUGCCCCCAGGAGGCUGGAAUGCAGGAGGCCCAAGGUUAUGCAAAAAGCCUGCCUAUCUCCUCUGAGCCUGAGUCAAUGUGUUCUCUUGGAAAGAGUGGGCGGCAUUUGUACAAGUGCCUCUUUCUUUCCACAGUGGAGACACAUGGCGAGGCAGGCGGGCCUUCAGCUUCUGGUGCGGUGGAAUAGAGGAGAGAGAAUCUGUCUAGCAAGGAUGACAAGAGUGAAAUAAUAGCCUUUGAUAUAAUUGUGAUUGGAGGUUCUUGAUGUUUUCCCUGCAUAUACAAUUUUCUCUAAACAUUUUGUUUUCUUUUUGUGUGGUUGAUGGUGGCAUUUUUAAAGCUUUGAUAUAUAUGCUGUGUUCCUGUUACCAAACUGGAAACAACCAAAGCGAAUUAUAAAAAAUGGUUUUCAGGUGACUGUA